AUGGCGCUAGCAACUCGUGACACCAUCGUUGUAGAUGUGGCAAUGGUUUGGCACACUCACUCAUUCGUUGGCAUUGAGUUGGUGGACAUGGAAAUUACGCUUCGACUUCUAGCCAGAGGACGGCAAUUACGUGGAGGCACACCGACUCAUCGCAGACGCCACGUUUCCACUUUUGAUGAAAGCAUUAUCAUCUCAGAGAGCAUUGUGGAGGCUGCCAUCAACUACGCGUACACAGGCAGCAUCACAAUCUCUGCGGCAAAUGUCACACGAAUCUAUCUGCUGGCACAUAAUCUCGGCUCCGACACCAUCGUCAAAUGGUGUGUGGAUUUUCUAAGGACGAGGUGGGUGAAGCUUUUCUGGGAGUUACAACCGACUGUCCUAAGGACUUCUCUAGACAAUGUAUCAGAAGUGUGGUCAGUAGCCAAUGUGGCUCCGAAUCGUGGAUUGAUGGAAUUGUGCGUUCCGUUGAUGACAAACCACUUUGAAGCUCUGUGUUUGCAAACGAUUUCUAAAUGGCGGGAUGCAGGACGCAGCGGGUGUGAUAUGGAGGAAAGGACAAAGGCGUUUGCAAUGAUGGUUUCCAAGCUUAACGUGAAUAAGCUGUCUCCACCCUGUCAAACCGAGUAUUGGAAAUUUGUGGAGAAAUAUUCAGGAAUGCUUGCUGCAGGUGAGCAACGUGAGCGUGUAAAUAGUUUGAGGGAUGCUCACUCGACUUCCAGUAUGCCAAGAGCGUGUCAUGGUAGCUCGGCCGUAAAUAUCCCAGCUAUCAGAAUCGUGGUUGUUGGUGGAUCCCAUAAUUAUUAUUCAAAUUACCUUUUAAAUUCUGCUCAAUUGUUGAUAGAAGAUCCUUUGGAUGAGAGUAGAUGGCGAUGGAUUGAGCUGAACCCGAUGUUAGAGGGACGCUCCAGACCAGGAAUUGCCUACUUUAAUGGAUGCGUGGUGGUUGCUGGAGGGCAAUCUGGUAAACUGCAUAUCACCAUUGAAUGUCUCCCCCUGACAUCAAUUGAACAACCCACAGCUCGGUGGACUCGCCUUCAUGGAGUUGAUAAGCUGUUCCCGAUUUUUACAUCGCUUGUCACAUUCAACAACAGGUUGAUAAUGUUGGAUGGGUUUUUCGUUCCAACACUUUAG